AUGAGCUUUCGGUUUUUGAAUCUAGUCCGGCCUUUUCUUCCUCUCCUACCUGAAGUUUCUUCUCCCGAUAGAAAAGUCCCUUUCAAUCAGAAAGUGCUAUGGACGGCCGUCACUCUCCUUAUUUUCCUUGUCUGCUCUCAAGUUCCUCUCUACGGAAUCAUGUCGUCGGACUCGUCUGACCCCCUGUAUUGGUUGCGUGCAAUUCUCGCUUCAAACCGUGGAACUCUUAUGGAACUUGGUAUUACUCCCAUUGUCACAUCCGGAAUGAUCAUGCAACUCCUCGCUGGUGCCAACUUGAUUGAGGUCGACUUCAGUCUUAAGGAAGACCGCGCUCUUUUUGGCGGCGCGCAGAAACUCUUCGCUCUUAUCAUGUCUCUUGGUCAAGCAACAGUCUAUGUUCUUACAGGAAUGUACGGUCUUCCCAGCGAAUUAGGCGCAGGCGUCUGUCUACUCCUCAUCAUCCAACUCGUGACCGCCGCCCUUAUCGUUACACUCCUUGACGAACUCCUCCAAAAAGGAUACGGGUUAGGCUCCGGAAUUUCUCUUUUCAUUGCAACCAACAUUUGCGAGUCCAUCGUGUGGAAGGCUUUCUCCCCCACUACCGUCAAUACUGGUCGUGGUCCCGAGUUUGAGGGAGCUAUCGUCGCCUUCUUCCACCUCCUUUUCACCUGGAACGACAAGGGACGCGCUCUGAGGGAAGCUUUCUGGCGUGACCGUCUCCCCAAUGUCAUGAACCUCAUCGCUACCAUCAUUAUCUUCGCUGCUGUCAUUUACCUCCAGGGAUUCCGAAUUGAAAUUCCGGUUAAGAGCAACAGGUUCCGUGGUCAACGUGGAAGUUACCCAGUGAAGCUCUUCUACACGAGUAACAUGCCCAUUAUGCUGGAGAGUGCUUUGACAAGUAACGUCUUCAUCGUCAGUCAAAUGUUGGCUACUCGCUUCCCCAGCAACUUCUUUGUCAAGCUUCUUGGUGUUUGGGAGCCCAUGGAAGACUCUCCUCAACUUGCUGCUACCUCCGGAAUCGCGUACUACAUGUCUCCUCCUCACACCCUCAGGGAAGCACUCGUCGACCCUGUUCAUACCAUCAUUUAUAUCGCAUUCAUGCUCUCCGCAUGCGCGUUGUUUAGCAAGACCUGGAUUGAAGUUUCUGGAAGUGGGCCUCGAGAUGUCGCGAAACAACUAAAAGACCAGCAGAUGGUCAUGGCCGGCCACCGUGAGGGCUCGAUGUACAAGGAAUUGAAGCGCGUCAUUCCUACCGCUGCCGCAUUCGGUGGUGCUAUCCUCGGAUUACUUUCUGUCGUCGCUGAUCUUAUGGGUGCUAUCGGAAGUGGAACUGGCAUUUUGAUGGCCGUGACCAUCAUUUACAGCUAUUGGGAAAUCGGAAUGAGAGAAUCCGGUGGCCCCGAGAUGCAGGCACUGGGUGACUUGCUUUAA